AUGUCUGAUGAUUUUACUUUUGAUGAUUUUGAUUUUGAUAACCAAGGGCAGGGGUCAAAUCAACAGGAAGAUCAGACAGACCUCUUUGGUACCGGAGAAACUUUUGCUCAAGAUUUUUCUUUUGAUGAAGUAGCUAGAAACGACUACUCUUCAAGUUUUUCAUGCGAUUCUAGUAGUAUUAACCAAAAUUAUUCACCUUAUUUCUCAGAACCAUUCCGAAAUCCAAGAAUUCAAUCUCAAGGAAUGUCAGCAGGUUUAUCGCCAAUUGAUAUGAGUGCAUCACAGUCAAACAUCCGUAUGCUCAAUUCUCAGCAAAGACUACGAAGCUUUAAUGGUCUUACUUCUCCAAAUAUGGUUCCUUUAUCAAAACGACCAAUACAUCAGACUUUACCUUCCAAAUUUUGCGCUGCUGCCAUGGAUACAUUCAUUCCUAGAGCAAAACGUAGCAAAAGAGCUGAAAUUUGGCAAUCAACAGAUCCAAUCUCAGCCAGAACUGAUGAUCAGUUCAAUUCAAUCUUGCAAACAAAUUCACAUUUUAUUAAUCCAUCGCAAUGCGGUUUUAUACCUUCCCUUUACUGGCCAAACAAAGAUUUUUUGCUUGGUGAUAUCAUUUUAGAUUUCUUCCAACGAAAAAGCAAUAUAAAUUGCAGAUUUAUUCACAAACUAUACAAUGCACUACGAAUAGUCCAAAUUUAUCCAAUGCUGAAAGAACUUAUUGGUAUUGAAUGGAUAAGUCCAAAUAUUUUGAAGGUGAGAAAGUGCUGCUUCGCCAGGUUACUCGGAAUCAAAUCGAUUGACGGCGGUCUUUUCCAUAAACAAGGAAAUUUCCCAAGUUUAGGAUUUCGUGAACUGACAAUGGACGAAGCAAAUGUUUAUUGCCAAGGUUUGGACAUCUCUGAUGUUGAUUAUGAGAACGUAAAACUCUUGGUUCAUGCUCCAGGACAAAUUACUGCAAAUUGGAAUGAAAAACUAGUUUUCGGUAUGACAAAUAGUGUCGUCCCAAGGGCUUGA